GAGCCACGUCCGCUGCGGCGAGGGCGGGGCGGGAGCGGCCCCGGCUGGAGGCGGCCGCCGCCAUUUACAGGAGCCCUUCAGCGGCAGGCGCCGGGCCGGGGCUGGGUGCCGGGCAAUUAGCUCUGCCGCCAUGAUGAGGCGUCUGUCACAGCUGCUCUUACUUGCCCUGCUCGUUUUCCCUGCCGCGCUGCUGCUCGGUGGCACCCGUAGUGGCCCAGGUUUGUUAGUUGCGGCUCAGGAUGCUACAGAAGAUGAGGAAGCUGUGGAAGAUACUGUAGUUGAAGAUGAAGAUGAUGAAGCUGAAGUUGAGGAAGAUGAGCCGACAGACUUGACAGAAGAAAAAGAGGAAGAAGACUUGUCAGGAGAACCUAAAGCCUCACCCAAUGCUGAUACAACUAUAUUAUUUGUGAAAGGUGAAGACUUCCCAGCUAACAACAUCGUAAAAUUCCUGGUGGGCUUCACCAAUAAGGGUACAGAGGAUUUCAUUGUCGAGUCUCUGGAUGCUUCUUUCCGUUACCCUCAGGAUUACCAGUUUUACAUUCAGAACUUCACAGCUCUGCCUCUGAAUACAGUAGUUCCUCCACAGAGACAAGCCACCUUUGAGUAUUCCUUCAUCCCUGCUGAGCCUAUGGGUGGUCGUCCCUUUGGUCUGGUUAUCAAUCUCAACUACAGAGAUGUAAAUGGCAAUGUAUUUCAAGAUGCUGUCUUCAAUCAGACUGUUACAGUCAUUGAGAAAGAAGAUGGACUGGAUGGAGAAACAAUCUUCAUGUACAUGUUCCUCGCUGGACUUGGUCUACUUGUCAUUGUUGGCCUACAUCAGCUACUAGAAUCCAGGAAGAGGAAAAGACCAGUACAGAAAGUAGAGAUGGGAACAUCAAAUCAGAAUGAUGUUGAUAUGAGCUGGAUUCCCCAAGAAACUUUAAAUCAAAUAAAUAAAGCUUCACCAAGGAGGUUGCCCUACAAGAGGGCACAGAAGAGAGCAGUGGGCUCUGAUGAGUAAAUGUUAACUCGUCCAACAGUUGAACCUUUACUAAUCAUCCUGCCUGUUUGGAAUUUUGUUUUUUUGGAGUAGUGCAGAGAAUCCAUCUCACCAUGAGCAAAAUACUGCUGAACAUCUGGACUUGAACAGAUCAACUGAAUGGUGUUAAUAUUACUGAAAAUGCACUUCUUUAUUGUUAAUUGUUCGGGUGGAGAAGGGGGAGGGCAGGGAGGGAGGGAGGUAGCCAUUAAGAUUUGUGCCUGCGUGUGUAAGCAGUUGGUCUUAACAGAAUCCCAUUACCUAAAAUGUGCCUUUAGAGUUCUUGUCGUUUGUACCACUUGUCUUGGAAGGAUUUCUCUCCUCCCUCUAGUCUGAAUGUAGUGACUUAAUCUGGUUUUGAUUGUAUUGCCUGUAUCAGAAUUUGUCUUUUUCAGCAAGUAACUUGGUUCUCUGCAGCGUGCACACACUGGCGCUGUGUGUGUAGUCCUCCUUCAGUGGCAAGGCACUGAUCACCAUCUAGAUGUCCUCCUAAUUUCCAUUCUAAAGGCACAGUUUGGUAGAGCUACUCAUAGUAGCAGAUGUUUUGUUGCUGAUCUGGGCGUGCAGUAACUUAAAAACCUAAACUUAACCUGCACUGAUGUUAGGGGAGGCUCUUAGACAGCAGAACUUGUGAAGCAUGGAAUUUAUGUGCUGAAUUGAUAUUACUACUUAAUUUUUUUAUACCAAACUUGUUAAAUGGCUAGUUAUGGAGUCAUGCCAGCAUCUUAAGUAUCUUGAUUCUAGUGGUAACUGUAAGAUUUGCUGAAGAAAUGAUUGAAUAAGCCACAACAGCUUUCCAGUAAGUUCUUAGUUCUCUCAGAAAAACUAGAAUGUCAUGUCUCAAAAUACAGACAUCUCUUCAAGCUUUACAUCAUUUGAGGAUUUGGUGGUUAGUCUAUACACUUGAAACUGAAUUUGAAAUGCUGAAUUGGAUUAUUUGGGUUCAAAAAAUCCUUUUAAAUGACCAAGUAAAUUGCCCUCUGCAAGUUUUAAAGCUCAGACUUUUUUCCACUGGUCAGUACCAUUGGUUUGAGUUACUUUUUAUCAGCUUCUCUUUCCUGCUUCCCUACUAAUUCCUUGCAUAGCUGUUAUUAACUACUUGUUAGUUCAGUACUAAAGCAGAAAGGUUCUAUGAAAUCAAAAUGGAAUUUUCUUUUGUGGCAGGCACAACUUAACACCAUUACCAGGUACUGAAGUGUUUUAUUCACAUCCAUUGCAUUCAGGAAUUCAACUGACAGCAAAAAGAGCAGAGCAGAUCAAGAGGUUUGAUGCCAUUCAGGUGUUUGGACAAGGCUUGAAUUGUUUUGUAUCUCAGCUGCAUCUCUUCCUGUGUCUGAAGGUUAUCCUGAAGCUUGCUGAUUUCAGGCAGAGGCAUUGAUUUGGGACCUCUGUUUUAAUCUUUUCCUCCCCUUCCUGACUCCCACAAAUGAAAGUGCUCUUUUUAGAUCUACACUUGCUCUGUAAGGACUGAGCAGCUGAGCCAGCAAAUGCUGAGCAGUACUUGCAAAUCUUGUCAUAGCCCGUUAGAAACAUCUAAUCUCUAAAGCUACCUUUACUGGCACUAUUCUACUAUGAUCUCUGCCAGAAGGAACUGUGAAAAUGUACUUGACUCCUCUUCCUAUGGGAAAGAAUAGAAAAAGCAACCCUGAAGAUAAGUUGUUCCACUUUCUAAUGGUACAGCUAGCCCAGGCAGAGGAGUUUUAAUAGUUAGGAUGGCUGAAUUGUCAUACACUUGGCAAACAGUUGAAUGCUGCCUGCCAAAGAGGUACAUCCACUCAAAUUUUGUGAAACAAGUGCAUCUGCCUUUAGUGGUGCCAUCUGUCUGGUCCUGUGGUAGGUUUAUGGACUGACAUUCAAGCUGCAUUGAUACAAAAUGUUGAUGUAUUAAAAGCUUUAUAGACUAAAGCCCUGUGGCUGUUGCAGCACCUGGUGACUUGAAUUUCUGAGUUUCCUCUCUUGGAUUAUGUCUCUAACCUGAAAUUAAGACUGUUUUCACCAUCUGGGAAUAGAUUGAUAUUAAACUGUAUAGUCUUAAUUCUUCCCAGAAUAAGGAAGGUUCUCUCCUGAAAGAGCUUAGAAGAGAUCCUUCUCUUCUGAUCUGUUCUAGAUGCAGUUUUACUAUAUGAAAAAAAAAAAGACAAAAGGAUCAACAAAAUAUACCAAUUUGUGAUAUCUUAGUUUUACUUGAUUGGAUAGAUAAUUUAGCCCUUACUGGUUGAGAACUGGAGAAGGCUAAGUCUUCACAGAUCUCACACUUGACUGGGAUUUAGGAGAAACUGAAGGAUUGAAGAACUGUAUAAAUAGAAAUAAGUAUUUGAAGGUUUCACUGCUCUCAGUGUAAUAUCCAAGUGCUCAAGUUUUGCAUCUGGAAUGAGAGGAGACAGUUAGCAACUUGUGUAGGAGCUGGGAAUGGGAAUAUCCACUGGUACCAAGGCUCUUCCUGAUCCUACAACUUUACAGUGUGUGAACUGCUUCUGCAUGAGAGAAGUUACUACAAGCAGUGUCCAACAGUCCCCUGCUGCUUGUGAUAAAUGAAGUAAGUUUGGAAUUCCUUGUUCUCAUUAGCCUGGUGUAGCUGACAUUUAGCAAUAACACUCUAGUAGGUCAUGGCAAUUUAACUUUGGCAUCUCUUACAUUAUUUCCAGUGAAUAAGCCAGUCUGCUGCACUCAGAUUUCUUCAAAUGGGAGAACCUAAUUGUUGUGUUAUCCUGUCUUUGGUACUUGACUUUUCUACUCCACAGGCAGCUUAGUGUCACAGGUGUGUGACUGGCUGUCAUUGCAGCGAAGCAAGGCAUAGUUUCAUUGGCUUUAAGAUGGAACAAACAGCAAUUCUGCCUGUUUCUGCCACCCCUCUCCAUGUGGUAGCAGCACAAGCUGUUACAUAUUUGAGAGUUCUCACCAGUCAAGACUUCAGCAGCGUGACUGUACUGCUACACAGCUGCUUAUGGGAGGUUAGGAGGAGCAAGGACUGAAAGAUGACGUGGACCAGAGUUUCUUCCUUGAAGAGAUGCUGGAGUGGUUUUAGACCAUUAGUCUCUGGCCUUAGUCUAAAGAACCACUCAGGGGUCCUUAAUUAAAAAGAUGGUGUAAACUGAAGUCUAUAUGCUGGGUAAGAAAAAGCAGUUUAGAGUUGAUGUCUGCAGUGGUAGUGUUAAUUUAGCUACACUUGAACUGCAGUUGAUACUUGCAGCCCUCUCUGUGCUGUCUGCAUUGUGACAGCAGUUUUCUCCCGGUAUCAUUUAAUCUGAGCAAGAAGAGUGGCUGCUGUUGGACUAAGGGAUGAAUUACUGUCUUCAUUCUUCACCUACAAGACAAAUUGAACACUGUGGAAAUUAAUAGAGCAGAUGAGUGAUGGCAGUGCUUCUGCUUCUUUGAAAAUGGGCAUCUUCCUUACCUUGUAAUGGUCUUCAGCAGCAGUAUCUGUCACUGUUUAUUUCUGGUAUGAUUACAUGGUGCUAGACAGCGUGGCAAUGGAAAGUUCUGGACUGAGGGAAGCAGCAGCAUGUUUUUCAGCAUGCCUGAUGUUUUGAGCAGCAGCUAAGUCUUCUCUUUUAUUCUCUCUCAAGGAAGGACAGUACCUACCUCAUAGGAGUGGCAGAAGGGCUGUUUCAGGAGUGUUGAAGUUACUGGAGACUUGCACUUGCAUGGAGGUAGUAAGGCACAGCACUAGUGUGAUGAGGGCAGUGAUGUAGACUCAUGUUACACAUGGCUGAUCCACAUCAAGACAGUGAGCUUACAGAGAAGAGCAAAGCCUGAAAGAUCUUUGUUUCUACAAGAGUUUAGAGGUGGGCUAAAUAUCAUCCUGAUGUUUUUGGUGGUUUGGGGUUUUUGGUUGGUGUGUUGGGUUUUUUCUUCAUUUAUCUAUACAUUUUCCCAGGGAAUUUUUUAAUCAAGGGAUAAAAUGAUUGUUGGUGUAGACAGAAUCACCAGUCAGCUUAAGAAUGGCUGGGUUUGGAUGAUUGAAGUUCAGAUAACGUACUGCAACUGAAAUGUUACAUUAACAUUGACUCUCCACCUGCUGACUCAUUUGUCAGUGAGAUCAGAGCUCUUGAAAACAGCUGCAGGUUUUUUAUAAAGUAAUUUUGACUUUAUUUUUUUCUUACCAUUGUGUAGCUUUUUGUUUUGUUAAAUAAAGCAUGAGGAUGGCACCAAAAA